CCGUAGGAGACACAGCUCUGCGAGCUGGGCCAUUUCUCAGACACCCGUGGUAAUCUACCAUUGCAGCCUGCAUCUUUCACCAAAAGAAUAAUUUAAAAAAACAAACCAAAACAGACUCAAGUUCCUACUCCAAGCUUAGCUCGGUUAAAUUAGGACAGCACAGACCCGGCCGAAUGUAAUUCAUGGGGUGAUUUCACCUGGAACAGCAUGUCUGGCCGCAGCGUGCGGCUGAGAUCCGUCCCCAUCCAGAGUCUCUCAGAGCUGGAGCGAGCCCGGCUGCAGGAAGUGGCUUUUUAUCAGUUGCAGCAGGACUGUGACCUGAGCUGUCCCAUCACCAUUCCCAAAGAUGGACAGAAGAGAAAGAAAUCUUUGCGAAAGAAACUGGAUUCACUAGGAAAGGAGAAAAACAAAGACAGAGAAUUCAUCCCCCAGGCAUUUGGAAUGCCCUUAUCCCAAGUCAUUGCAAAUGACCGGGCCUAUAAACUCAAGCAGGACUCGCAGAGGGACGAGCAGAAGGAUGCGUCUGAUUUUGUGGCUUCCCUCCUCCCGUUUGGAAGUAAAAGACAAAACAAAGAACUCUCAAGCAGUAACUCAUCUCUCAGCUCCACCUCGGAAACGCCAAAUGAGUCAACGUCCCCGAACACCCCAGAACCGGCUCCUCGGGCCAGGAGGAGGGGCGCGAUGUCAGUGGAUUCUAUCACAGAUCUUGAUGACAAUCAGUCUCGACUGCUAGAAGCAUUACAACUCUCCUUGCCUGCUGAGGCUCAGAGUAAAAAAGAAAAAGCCAGAGAUAAGAAACUCAGUCUGAAUCCCAUUUACAGACAGGUCCCCAGGCUGGUGGACAGCUGCUGUCAGCAUCUAGAAAAACAUGUCAUUUUUGCCGAGCGAAAAAGUACUCUAAUUGAGGAGAUAAUGUCAUUGAAAUGGGCAUUUCUGAAGAGUCUGGAGGGAUUCAGGUAUGGUGUCAUAAGACUGCCACUUGAACCAUUAUUUUUCCAGUUACGUGAGGAAUUUGACCGUGGGGUCGAUGUCUCUCUGGAGGAAGAGCACAGCGUUCACGAUGUUGCUGCCUUGCUGAAGGAGUUCCUCAGGGACAUGCCGGACCCCCUUCUCACCAGGGAGCUGUACACAGCCUUCAUCAAUACUCUCUUGCUGGAACCAGAGGAACAACUGGGCACCUUGCAGCUCCUCAUCUACCUUCUACCUCCCUGUAACUGCGACACCCUCCACCGCCUCCUGCAGUUCCUCUCCAUGGUGGCCAGGCAUGCCAAUGACAACGUCAGCAAGGAUGGGCAAGAGGUCACUGGGAACAAAAUGACCUCUCUAAACUUGGCCACCAUAUUUGGACCCAACCUGCUGCACAAGCAGAAAUCGUCAGACAAAGAAUUCUCCGUCCAGAGCUCAGCCCGGGCUGAGGAAAGCACGGCCAUCAUUGCUGUGGUGCAGAAAAUGAUUGAAAAUUAUGAAGCCUUGUUCAUGGUUCCGCCCGAUCUCCAGAACGAAGUACUGAUCAGCCUGUUGGAGACCGAUCCCGAUGUGGUGGACUAUUUACUCAGAAGAAAGGCCUCCCAGUCCUCAAGCCCUGACAUGUUGCGAUCGGAAGUUUCCUUUUCUGUGGGAGGAAGGCACUCGUCCACCGACUCCAACAAGGCCUCCAGCGGAGACCUCUCCCCUUAUGACAACAACUCCCCAGUGCUGUCUGAGCGCUCCUUGCUGGCUAUGCAAGAGGACGCGGCCCCGGGGGGCUCGGAGAAGCUUUACAAAGGGCCGGAGCAGUAUGUGCUGGUGAGCCACUUGCCAUCGUCGAAAUCAAGGGAGAGUUCUCCUGGACCAAGGCUUGGCAAAGAUAUGUCAGAGGAGCCUUUCAAUAUCUGGGGAACUUGGCAUUCAACAUUAAAAAGUGGUUCCAAAGACCCAGGAAUGACAGGUUCCUAUGGAGACAUUUUUGAGAGCAGCUCCCUCCGACCGGGGCCAUGCUCCCUUUCUCAAGGGAACCUGUCCCCAAAUUGGCCCCGAUGGCAGGGGAGCCCCACAGAACUGGAAGGUGGCCCGCAGGUCAUUCGGAGGACUCAGACCACGGCCACCAUCGUGGAGUGCAGGGCCUGCCCUCCCGUGUCGCGCGUCUGCAGCACGCCCCACAUCCAGGGCGGCGGCAGAAGGUGUGAGCAGGCCACACCGAAGUCAGAGCAGUAUUUGACUCUGAGCAGCGCCGAAGACCUCACUGAGAGUGAGCUCGAUGUGGUCUGGCUGCAGAGCAGAGCCAAGCCUUUGCACCAGAGACCUCGAGAGAGUGAGAAGCGUGACAAGAGGCCUCCGCCUCCGUAUCCUGGUCCCGGGAAGCAAGCUGUAGCGUCAUCCCACCAGCCAGCAGAGCCGCUCUUGUGGAGGCCUCAGAGGCCAGAAGAAGGUUCCAGAACAGCGUUGGAAGAGGGAAGCCAAACAGCCGAGCGAGAGCAGCAAGCCGCUGAGCAAAAACUGAGCAGCGCCUACUCCACUUCCGCCAGCGAUCAGAACAGUAAGACUUUGGGUGACCCCACCUGGCUGGAUUGGCAGAGAGAGCGGUGGCAGAUCUGGGAGCUCUUAUCGACCGACAACCCCGAUGCCCUCCCGGAAACGCUGGUAUGAGCCCACCCAAGCGCACACCCCCACGGCCCAGACAGCCUUCUUUCACUCCGUAGGGGAAAAAGUUGGUGUUGGACAAUUGGACACUUACUGGUUUUUCUUCUUUAACACUUUAAAAAAAAAUAACACGAGAGAAACCCAGCUCACUUAAAGAUAGAGAGCACUAGUACCCUUGCCAUUUAUAAUAAACUUCUAUUGCAUAGCCAGCCAUAGGAGAAAACGAAAACAAAAACGGAUGGUGAUAUCCAACCGAAAAACUACUCGCGUUGGCUUUGUAUAAGAUAAAACCCUCGCUUUGAUAUAGCUUAACUGUAUUUAUGUGACUUCAGUUUUGACUGUUGUAUAUUCUGUAACAGAUUAUGUAUGAUAAUCGUAUAUGAUAUAUUCACAGAAACAGAAGGAACAAUUUUUAAAAAUCACUUCACUUAUACUGAGUAAUGAGAUUCUAUAGAAUGUUCUAGAAUAUGCACAAGCAGGUUUCUGUGCUUUUGCCAUAGCUUUUUAGCUGGGGACAGCCCUUCCUUCAAUGCCUAGGAAAAACACUAACAAAACAAAACAGAGUAUGCCAAGCCAUAUUUUUAUAUAGUCAUGAGAUGCAAAAGAAAACGUAGUCACUGAAGGCUUUUUCAUAUUGAAUAUGUUUUAAGGAAGAUAUUAAAUUUGAUACAUUAUGGAAUAUAUUUUUAGAAUCUGUUUAGAAAGGAUUCAGUUAAUCGAACAAGAGAAAGGCCGUGCCUGACAAAGAAAGAAUAAUUAAGAAGUUGUCCUUCCCAUUUUAGAUCAAAUUCAAUUUUAUAUAGACCAUAUAUAAUAUAUAUUUAUAAUGUAUAAUUUUUAUGUAUUUUUCAAAAACUACAAACUGGAAUCCAACUAUAAAGCGUUUAAGCAUCCAAACAGAGUAUUCAAAUUACAGAACAAAAGUUUUUCCUUUUGCCCCAUAAUCAGUAUUAACCAAAUUAUAAGCAAAGCUUUGUAAAGUAAGUCACGUUUGGACAAAAACUCCAGCUUUGUAUUUACAUCGCGCCAAAGGCCGAGGACAUGUUUUCUUCGGUAAUUUUGUGUGUAUCGUAAAAUGCUCCUACUACAUACUUCAGUAGUUUCAAGUUUUUCAACCGCAAAACCAUUUUUGACCAGCAGGUGGCGAUUCGCUUCAGUAUUUUACGAGAUUUUUUUUUUUUUCACUUCGUAAGGGAAUGUGUAUUAUAGAAGAAGAAUUUUUUAUGAAACAUGCUACUCUUAAUUUUCAUGUCGGCAAUGACAUUUUCCGUGGUGUUUCUUAAAGUUCUGUCUUGUGCCAUGAUGAAUAAAAAGUUAAACAAA